CCCAUUUCCAGCAUAGUCUCUCCGAGCUAGGGAAGCUGCGGUGCCAAGCGGCCGCCGUCGCCGCCGCCGACGCCAUGAUUCACCUCCGGAGGGGCGUACUUUCUCGCCUUCUCCAUCCACCGUGCGCCGCCGCAGCCCCGGCCGACCACGCCAAUCCCCUCCUCUCCCUCCACCGCCUCCUCCUCUCCAGCGCCGCCGUACCCGUUUCCCCCAAACCCUUCGCCGUCGAGGACUACCUCGUCGAGUCCUGCGGCCUGACCAGAGACCGAGCAGGGAAGGUCUCCAGGGGGCUCUCCCACCUCAAGUCCCCCUCCAACCCCGACGCCGUCCUCGCCUUCCUCUCCGGCCUCGGCCUCUCGAGCGCCGACAUCGCCGAGGUGGUCGUAAACGACCCGCGCGUGCUCUGCGCCAGGGUGGAGAAGACGCUGGACGCCCGCGUGGCCGAGCUCAGCAGCCUCGGCUUGUCGCGCUCCCAGAUCGCGCGCCUCGUCCCGCUCGUCCGCAGCCAGUUCCGCUGCAAGUCGCUUGGGCGAAAGCUCACCUACUUGCUCACAGUCUUUGGCUCCUUCGACAGGUGUCUCGAUGUCAUCAGGAGUAACUAUGGUGUCAUUAGCGCCAGCAUUGAGAAGGUGAUCAAGCCCAACCUGGGCAUCCUCCAGCAAUAUGGGAUAACUACAUCGAAUUGGCGCGCAUUUGCGUUCAUGUCGCUCAGCAGGCCUACUAAGCACUUGGAAGAUGCUGUGACACAUGCUAUCGAGUUCGGAAUUAAGCAGGGGACACGGACAUUUUCUACCGCGGUCGUGACGUUUUCGAUCCUCAGGCAGGAGAAGUUCACCAAGAAUCUACGGCUGUUCAAGAAGCUUGGAUGGUCACAGGAGGAUUUGUCAAUAGCGGUGAAGAGCAUGCCAAACAUCGUAGCUAUGAAGGAGGAAAGGCUUCGUCAAAGUAUGAAGUUCUUGACGAAGGAUGUUGGUCUAGAGAUUCCAUACAUUGCACGAAGGCCUGCACUCAUCAUGUACAGCAUUGAGCACCGGUUAUUGCCACGGCAUUGCUUGAUCAAUGUUCUCAAGGGGAACGGAUUGCUUAAGACCAAUUAUGACUUCUUUAAUAUUGCCGUGAUUAGCAAUAAUAAGUUUAUGGUUAAAUUUGUGGAUCCUUAUGUGGAGAGUAUUCCAGGUCUUGGUGAUGCAUAUGCUUCUAGCUGUACUGGAUGUGGAGUGCAGCAGUUGAAGGUGCUAUCUAAGGGUAAGAGAGAUAAAAGAGUGUGUUGAUGCUUCUUCUAGUAAUAUCAGCAAGUUGGGACAUUUUUAAGGUUAGUUAUCACUUUGGUCUAUUCACUUCAGUAGACAGAUGAAAUUGGGCUUUGCUCUCCACAGGACAAACUGAGAUCCAGUCUCGAUUAGGGAUGUCACUAUGCCAAUCAAAGACUGUUCUUUCUAUUAGAUGGAUUAGAUAAAACUUUAUGGCGUGAGCUGAAUAUUUUCUAGCACUAA